AUGAGGACCGUACAACACUACCAGGAAGAGAUAGGACAUAAGGAUUUCAAGAAGUUUUCCUGUAUAGAACACGGAAUCUUAAAUGGUCUGCAAGAUCUGUCACCAGCGGAACAAGUCAUAGAACUCCGUUUGCCGUUCUCCGUGAGCCGUCGUCGCGAGGCGGCUGUGACCGAUGACCUGGGGCGCCUCAUUACUACUCAUUACUACGAUUGCACUAUUCCAGGGUGUGACACAACGCGCCGAGCGACGCUCUAUCGUCAUCCGGUGAUGGCGUUAGCCACGAGUCCUGUGCUAUGCCCGGACAGUCUUCCUAUGGUCGUGAGA